CAGCAGUUCGUUGAAAAUCGCCGUCCUAACGGAUCUCAAGCUGUGUUCAAUAUGGCUAAGCGUGCAAUGCUUCUUUCCCAGCUGCAAUCAAACUAUGGCAAUUUUAUCGAGGUUUGCCUCGAUGUUUUAGAGAAUUCACGAAUUAUUCGGUUGCCGGAGAUGAGUACCAGUGUCCUUUUAAUAAGAAACAAUUUUUCGUUCAGAAGUGACGAUCACUUACCGUUUUCGAAGACGUAGAACGAGUGAAGCUUAUAGUGUGUAUAACCUACAGAGUAGAGUUCACUGACAUUUUUAUACACAUUUGUAGAAGAAAGAGAGUACACAUAUUUGAUAAAUUACGUGAAUUUUUAGUGAUGUGAUCGAUUAGUGAAGGAACGCGCUGAGUUUAGAAUAUCGUGAGAGUGUAUUCGGUAUCGCAUAUUGUGUUCUUGAAUACUGUGCUACGAGCGUCAUAUGUUGAAAUGACUCAUAUCCAUCUUAUUAAAGACUAAACGCAAUAAAUGAAUACUUUUGAAGAAUCACUCAGCGGUCAGGAUCCUGAUUAUGUUUCUGCUGCCUCUAGCAACCAAGUACAACAAAAGAUUUACGAAGAAAAUGCAAGAAACAGCACCGCAAGAAAGAUAAUUGCAAUAGUGGAGAAGGAGUUUUCACGGGAGAUCGAUUUGAAGCAGAAGGAAAUCUUGCAGAUACAAGAUAGACUACACAAAUCCCUGAAGACUCUGCAUUUUUUACGCUAUGUCAUAGUCACUGAUUUCUACAACCGUAAGCAAUGUCUGCUGCCCCAAGCUGCUGAGGCAAGGAAGCAAACGAGGAUUCAUCCUGCGGUUAAGUCAUUGCUUGGCAAGAGUCCUAGACUCUGGAAUUACACAGAGCCCGCGGUGCCGUCGACGUCCACGGAUCCUCGUUUCCUGCCCAUUGAUGAAUCUGCCGCAUUAAAAGCAACGGUUUCAACGAUCAAGGAAGAAGAUGCAGACGCAGAGCGUAAUGGCAAGAGGUCAUCAUCUACAAAGCGGACGCUACCACUGGACGAGGACCUGCCAUUACGCAAGAUACCACGGUAUGUGCCACCGAAGAGCAGCGUGCCAGAAAACAAUACACGGCCUUCUCGCGGUGACAGGCACAAGGUACGCAAACGCAUCAUCGUCGGCAACAUCUCCAAGUGGAUCCCAUCCGACUGGCGAGACGGCAGUGAUGCUAGUCACAAGUGGACGAUGUACGUGCGCGGCGACAAAGACGUCGCCGAUAUCAGCACCUACGUCAGUAAGGUGAGAUUUUUCCUGCAUCCAAGUUACCGUCCUAACGAUGUAGUCGAAGUCACGUCGUACCCGUUCCACUUGUCGCGACGUGGUUGGGGCGAGUUCCCGUUGCGGGUGCAGUUGCACUUUAAGAACGCGCUCAAUAAACCGAUGGAUAUCAUUCAUCACUUGAAGUUGGACCGCACUUACACCGGUCUACAGAUGCUAGGUUCAGAGACUGUGGUCGACCUGUGGAUUUACACUGCGGACUGCCGCGGUCGCGACGAGAACGAACCCGCCAAGUUGCUGACCGGAAACACAUGCAUGACGAUAGAGCCAUCGAGCGAUGACGACGAUUCCGAGCCAGUUCGCGAGGAAUUAGAGAAACCCGCGGUACUAUCGAUGUUGCGACUCACAGAGGACCCUCUCGAGAUUUUAAUAAAGGAAGAAAUCAUGAGUUCAGAGAUAUACCAGUCUGAGAUUAGCACACCGGCAGUUUCAGCGCUCACCGAGAAGUCCGCCGACGUCGAAACGAAAGUCAAGUUUGAACAAGUAGCCCCAAGUGCACUUUCCUCCGUUAGCGUCGACAAAUCACACCUAGAAGCCAUAUGUUUCAGCAUCUAUCAUGACCAUGACUACAUAAACGAACAGUAUUUCAAGCCUCGUUGUGUCGUGAGAGACGGUAAUGUAACGAUAGAACAUUUCCCAGAUAACGAAGUUCUUGCUAACGUUAACGAGGGGAAGCCUGACGGUGCGUCGACCACGUCGCAUAAACACAACGGUGACAUCCAGUCUUCCAGCGAUCGUCAGCCACCGACGGUUGUAAACGCGAGAGUCACGGUGGAGUCGCAGGCGCUUCAGGUGUUGUCGUUGGGACAAACAGCAUUCCAGAAGAACGGCAGUCCGAGGAAGAGUCUGCUAUCAUUCGACGUGAACAAGUUGCAAAACAACGAGGUUUCGUCUGGAAUCUCAGAAAAUAUUGCGAGCAAAGAUAUUCUGGCAACGACCAACGGCUUCUGCAAACCGUCUGACGCCGUGCUCGACCGGCUGAAGAGUCUACAGAAAGCCGCGAGCGUCAACAAUUCACACCUAAAGCCACUGGAGAUUUCUAUACCGCCGUUGUUCACGUCCUCGGGCAACAAGCACGUGCUCUUCAUGAAGAAUAAGAAACUGAUCCCGAUGGACAUGGCGAGGAGGAAAUCUGCCGACGGCGACGUCGUGAGAUUGAACAUGGGGCCGAUGCCUCAGGGUGUGAGCAUCCUGAAGAAACCACCAGCAGGUAAGGUGAACACCGUGAAGACCACUGGCAAGGACGUUACCACGCUCACGGUGAAGAGCACCAACAGUCUGCUGCUGAACGUAAAUUACUCCGAGCCAGCGCUGAAGAUCGCGGACUCGCACGACCCGCAGUACAAUUACAACCUGUCCGAUGCAGUGAGAGGUAUCAUUUUGUCGUCGUCGUCGUCAACUGGAAAUCGGGAGGUCGCGAAAUCGGCGGGCAAGGACGAGAAGACGCAGCACCGAACGAAGAUCACGCUGGGCAAGGACAAGUACAAGCUGCAGAGCAAGCUGCAGCUGUACGAGGUGGCUCUACGGACGAUCGAUCGCGCAAAUAUCACCGAAACGGAAGCAUUCUUGCGGUUCGCCGUUCGCAGGCUACCGAUCGUCACGCAGGAUGCUCGCGAUCCGGAAUACAGACGACUGCAUCCUUACGCGUGCCGCAGCGAGGAGGACUUCCUCGCGUUGAGCGUCGGCAAGCAGCGGGCUUUGGAGUGGCACCGUGCCAAGACGAUCAAGAGUUACUUACGGAAGAAACUGUCCCAGGACGACGAUCGAUUGUGGAACGUUAAGGAGAUCUUGAUGUGGGCGAGGUUGCACGGCUACACGCCGAGUAAGUGUAGUCGCGGUGUCUUCGGGGUGUCGAAGGUGGACGCGGCGAGCACCGGUACUAAAAGUCUGCCCGACUCUUCGUUCUCUGGCGCGUUGGUGUCCACGUUGACGGAGCCGGUCGCAUUCCACAAGUGGCUGCAAGCUUGCCGGCAAGAGUCUAGUCAUCGGUUGACGAACAGCUGUGUCGACGGAAGCGGGGAGAUGGAGAUUGAUGUGGUGACUGUUGAUGAGAAUCCGUGCAGAGGUACGAUCGACCGGCGGAAGAAUGAAGAACGAUCCACCGUCGUGUCUCCCACGUUAACGCCGCUCGAGCUUGACAAGAGCUUGAUGCCGUUGCAUAAAUACGUAUGUGACACUGCACAGGAGAUCGGCAUCAAGAUCGCGCCGGAGGAGAUCGUCCCGGGCGUUGUGUACUGCGCAGCUAGUCGACUGAUAAUAAGGGUCAUCGAAUGCUUCGUAGAGGACUUGACUCGGUCGUCGUUGACGAGAGCUUGGGAGAGGAACAGCGGCGGAUGUCCUACAAUCAUCACACUGGACGAUGUUCGCAAUGCUCUUACGAGUCGGGAAGAGUUCGACAUCUUCACGAACGAAGGUUUAGGCUCACAGCAACAAUUGAGUACAACGAAUUGAAUACGAUCAGCGGGUCCCAAAUCACGACGAAUCAGUAACAACGAAGCACGCGUGCGCGUUUAUGUUCAGGAGCGUUGUUUAUGCAACUCGAGAUGCCGAAAUCGCUUCAGUCCCAGCCCACGGGAAUAUUAUGACGCUUGACUUCAUGCUGCAGCCACAUAUGAACUGGCUCAUAGUAAGCUAGAAGCGGCUCCACACGA